AUGGAUAAGGAAUGGAUAAAGGAAAACCCUACGAGUAAAGAGUAUCAGAAUGGUCUUGAUUUUUUUCUAGAUUAUGCAUACACCAAAGGAAAUCCCCGAGGGAAAGAGAUUUUGUGUCCUUGUACGAAUUGUUACAAUACCAAUUGGCUUACAAGGAAUGAAGUACGAAAUCAUUUAAUCGCAUUUGGAUUUCAAAAAGGAUAUGAUGUUUGGGUUCGACAUGGUGAGAAAAAACUAAAACCCGGUGAUCUUAAUGAUAAUUAUAUGAAUCAUGAAGAGGAUCAAAUCGACGAUAUUUAUGGACUAUUGCAUGGAAGAUUUAGAGAUGUUGUACAAGAAGAAAAUGAAGUAAAUGUAGGCCUCAAUGAAGAUGCAAAAAAGAUCUAUAAUCUAGUCGAAGAAGCCAAACAAGAUUUGUAUCCGGGUUGUAAAAACUUCUCUAAAUUGUCGUUCAUCAUUCGUCUUUAUUUAUUGAAAUGUCUUUAUGGUUGGAGCAACAUAUCAUUCAAUGCUCUCUUAGAGUUGUUGAGAGAAGCUAUGCCUUCAUUGAACGUCCCUGAUACGUUCAGCAAAACCAAAGGUAUGAUAAGGGACUUAGGGUUGGAUUAUAAGAAGAUCGAUGCUUGCCCUAAUGAUUGCAUGAUAUAUUGGAAAAAUCAUGAGAAUUAUACUUCUUGCCAUGUUUGUGGUGCUCCACGGUGGAAUGAAGAUAUAAAAGGAGAUGAUAAACAUGAAAAAAGUCAUAAGUCUCAUAAAGUUCCUUUGAAAGUUUUGAGGCACUUUCCCUUGAUUCCAAGACUUCAAAGACUGUUUAUGUGUUCAAAGACUGCUAGCUCAUUAAGGUGGCAUGAUGAAGAACAUUCGAAAGAUGGGAAGUUGAGGCAUCCUGCAGACGGAGAAGCAUGGAAAGAAUUUGAUAAAUGUCAUUCUGAAUUUGCUGAUGAGCCGCGUAAUAUAAGACUUGGCUUGGCCAGUGAUGGAUUUAAUCCAUUUAGAACCAUGAAUUUGUCUCAUAGUACUUGGCAUGUGGUAUUAAUACCAUAUAACUUUCCACCUUGGUGGUGCAUGAAGGCUGAGUAUUCUAUGUUGUCUUUAUUAAUCCCUGGACCACGUUCACCUGGGAAUAACAUUGAUGUGUACCUUCAACCAUUGAUAGAAGAAUUGAAAGUGUUAUGGGAUUUGGGUGUAGAAACAUAUGAUGCAUCACUAAAUCAAACUUUCCAAAUGUGA